AUGGAUACCUUUUUGUUUACUUCCGAAUCUGUUAACGAGGGACAUCCAGACAAGCUCUGUGACCAGGUCUCAGAUGCCAUCCUCGAUGCUUGCUUGGAGCAAGACCCAGAGAGCAAGGUGGCUUGUGAAACCUGUACCAAAACGAACAUGGUUAUGGUGUUUGGUGAGAUCACCACCAAGGCUACUGUUGACUACGAAAAGAUAGUUCGUGACACCUGCAGAGAAAUUGGUUUCACCUCCCCAGAUGUUGGACUUGAUGCUGAUAACUGCAAGGUCCUUGUUAACAUCGAGCAACAGAGCCCAGACAUUGCUCAGGGAGUCCAUGGUCACCUCACCAAGAAGCCUGAGGAGAUUGGAGCUGGUGACCAAGGCCACAUGUUCGGUUAUGCAACUGACGAGACCCCAGAGCUCAUGCCACUCACUCAUGUCCUGGCAACAAAGCUUGGUGCUAAGCUCACUGAGGUGAGGAAGAACAAGACUUGUGCCUGGUUGAGGCCAGAUGGUAAGACCCAAGUGACCGUUGAGUACAAGAACGACAAUGGUGCCAUGGUCCCUCUCAGAGUCCACACCGUCCUCAUCUCAACUCAGCACGAUGAGACUGUGACAAAUGAACAGAUCGCCAUUGAUCUGAAAGAACAUGUCAUUAAGCCUGUUAUCCCAGCUCAGUAUAUGGAUGAGAACACCAUCUUUCACCUCAAUCCUUCAGGCCGAUUUGUCAUUGGUGGACCACAUGGAGAUGCAGGCCUUACUGGCCGUAAGAUCAUUAUUGACACCUAUGGUGGUUGGGGUGCUCAUGGCGGAGGUGCUUUCUCAGGGAAGGACCCAACCAAGGUGGACAGAAGUGGUGCUUACAUUGUAAGGCAGGCGGCAAAGAGUGUCGUGGCUUCAGGGCUUGCCCGCCGUUGCAUCGUGCAGGUUUCUUAUGCAAUUGGUGUGCCAGAGCCACUGUCAGUCUUUGUUGAUACCUACAAGACAGGAACGAUUCCAGACAGAGAUAUAUUGGCUCUCAUCAAGGAGAGUUUCGACUUCAGGCCUGGGAUGAUGUCCAUUAACCUUGACUUGAAGAGAGGAGGCAACUACAGGUUCCAGAAGACUGCUGCUUAUGGUCAUUUUGGCCGUGAUGAUCCCGAUUUCACUUGGGAGACAGUGAAGAUCCUCAAGCCAAAGGCUUAAAUUAGAGGGUUGUCAAGGUCGAAGUGGUUAUUAUCGUAGCCAUGGUUUGGCUUGAGAGUGAAGAAUAAAGAAAACUUCAAUGCAUACUUCUAUUGCUAAAGCUCAACAAGUAAAUGAGUGAGAAUGGCAAUACGAGAUGUGUGCAUUUGAGUUUAGCUGAUUAGAAGGUGGUAGCAAAUUGUUCGAGUCUUGUCUCAUUUUGUAAUUCUUUUUGAAGAUUUUUUUUUACCCCAAUUUUUCCAUUCUGCAAGUGAUUGUUCGAGAAAACUAUGCUGAUUCAUUAAUGCGAAUUCUAUAUAAUAUCAAUUGAUUUACAACUA